AUGCUGCAGCAAAUUUUGCGUGACAUGUAUAUUGACCCUGAGCUCCUGGCAGAGCUGAACGAAGAGCAGAAGCAGAUCUUAUUCUACAAGAUGAGAGAAGAGCAGCUGAGGCGCUGGAGGGAAAGGGAAGAAAAAGCCCGAAUGGAGGAGGCUGUGCUGAGAAAGACAGCAAGGCGCAACCAGAGUAACGGCAAGCGCGUGCAGUGGCUGCGGGGCCAGGACGGUGAGGUCUGGGUCUGGGUGAUGGGAGAAGCCCCGGGGGACAAACCCUACGAGCAGAUCUCGGAGGAGCUCAUAGCAGAGCGGGCCAGGCUGCAGGCACAGAAGGAGGCAGAAGAGCUAUGGAGACAAAAGGAAGCUGAAAUAACAAAGAAAUUCCGUGAUGCUAUGGCUCAAGAAAAAGCCAGAAUAGUGGCAGAAAAAUGGAAAAUAGAAAUGGAGGAUCGGAAAGCAGCCAAACUGGAGGAAGAAAAAAUUCAGGAGGAACUAAAGAAAAGAGAAGAAGAGGAAAGACAGAAAGGUGAGGAGCUGAUCAGGCAGCAGGAAGAAAUCCGGGCAAAGGAGCUGUACCUGAGCCUCAAGCAAGCUCAGCAGCACAGUCAGCACAGUGACGACGACCAGGAGUGGGAAGAACAGUUGCGCCGCUCCAAGGCUGCGGACGAGGAGAGGAGCCACAAAGCGCGCAGGGCGCGGGACGAGUACCGACGACAGUCCCUGCGCGCCAUCCAGAAGGGAAGGGUGGCUGGCCUCAGCCAUUUGUUCCAGGGGACAAACCUGAGCAGCGAUCAGGACAUCAAACUGAACAACAACAGUGCGACUCCUUUGUCUCCUGCAGCGUCCAGUAACAUCUGGGAGCGCCCUGCUCGGCCCUUCUCCCGCGACGUCAUCAUCCGCUGGUUCAAGGAGGAGCAGAUCCCUCGGCGGGCUGGCUUUGAGAGGAGCACCAACAGGAUUGCUCAGUGGUUCCAUGGCAUUAUCAGCCGUCAGGAAGCAGAGGAGCUGUUGAUGAAUAAAUCUGAAGGCGCGUUCCUGGUGCGAGUCAGUGAGAAAAUCUGGGGCUACGCCUUGUCCUACCGCCAGCAGAACGGCUUCAAGCACUUCCUGGUGGAUGCUUCGGGGGAUUUCUACAGCUUCCUGGGGGUGGACCCAAACCGACACCCAACGCUCACAGACCUGAUUGAUUUUCACAAGGAAGAAAUCAUCACGUCCUCAGGUGGGGAGCUACUCCUGGAGCCAUGUGGACAGCAGAAGAAUCCACCAGACUACAGCCCUUUAUUUGAAUAACUGAUCCAGGACCAACAGGAAUGCAUUCUGGAUAUCUGUAGUAAUAGAUAGUUACAAAAGUAAACAAUGGGAGUAGUUAACCCACUUUCAAAGCCACUGGUCUUGUGGCCAAAAAGUAUCCUCAUUAGGAGGCCUAAAAUAUUUCUGGUUUGCAUCUGAAUUAUCAACAUCAUUAUUCAUACUGCUAGCACUUGAAAGGUGAGAACUUACCAGCAAAUUGCAAAAGAGGACUACUUCCAAAAAGUUUUCAAGGGGUUGUAGCCAAUUGCAUAGAGUGCUAAGUUCCUGUCCUAAUUUUCUCAUGUUUUAUACUGCAAGAAGCAUGGGCAGGAGCCAUUCACAGAGCACUGUAUGAGGUAUCAGUGUUGGUGAACAGAUUCUGUGUUCCAAAGCAAGGUUUGACAGUUUCUGUUGACAAUUUCAUUACCCAAUGGUGCACUUUGAUGACAAGAGAAGCAGCCUUCAAACAUCCCUGUGAAGUUUGUGAUUGUGUAUGUAAUUACGUGUAGUUUGAAAAUUGCCAUUAUGCUUUUGAAUUCAGGCCUACAAAGUUCCCCACAGCAGAGACAAAGGUCAAACACAUUUUAUUUACACUUUCAUGAAGCCCAGCAGCCUUGGCAGGAACUUUUCUCCUGUACAGUAAGUGGUCAGUUUAUUCUAAAGCAAACUGAUUUGCUGCAAUUCUCUCACUGGCCUUGUCCUGCUUUCCACUUUUAGAUGUGCAAGAGACACAGUGGAUAUUGCUAGCUUUACUUUGCUAUAGGACUAGGUAUUUUCCUUUUCUGAGUUAUGAGAAAAGGUGGGGCUGGUAUAUUUAUAUAUAGAAAAGGUACAGCUAAUUACAUUAUCAUCAUGCUAUGUUAUGUGUUAAACCAAGAUGCACACAAUGUGUUCCUGAUCCAUUUACUAUAAAUAUUAACCCUAUGAAAAUUGAACAGAAGCCUAGAUCUGUGGGGCAGUUGCUUAGUGCUUGGACUAGAAAAAUAAUAAAAUCUCAUCACAGUAUACACAUAGGAAAGGCACACUGAGCAUAUUUUUAUGAGCUCCUGCUUUGGGCAGUCUCUGAACCCUGUGGGGUUCUAUUCAAAAUCCAGGUGUGACCUCUCCUGAACCUCCUGUCUCCUGAAUCCUUUCUCCUCAAACAGUCAUUUGACUCUUGAUUCACUGUUACCUCCUGUACUCUGUCUAGAUCUAGAUCUAGAUGGUAAAGUCAACCAGGAAAAGAAACUUGUCUUAUCCAAGCCAAUAAAGCACACUAAACAUUUCAGGUGCUACGACAGUAAAUAUUUGUGGUGGUAAUAACAGUAUUUUUUUAUAAUUAAUUUUAUGGCUAGCUCAUAUUAAAGUACAGAUUUUUGUACACAAGCUUCAUUCUUGGUCAGGAACCUUUUCUUCUGUUGACAUUGGGUUUUGUGUGAUUUAAUCCAUCAAUGUUUGUGGCCCAUGAAAAGAAAAUUCUAUUGAACUUCCCACAGAGACAGCUGGGCAGUUUCUGUACUAAUCACUUGGCACACUGGCUCAGGAGGUUUCAAAUAGUUACUGUUAGCACCUCAGAACAAAGCAAGUCAGGACACAGCAAAUAAGCAAAAAGAUCUGCUUUCUCUGAGAAAGACAGCUCUGCACUUUCUCCCUCCUUCAGAGGCAUCUAAAGAACCACCUCAGCCUCAGGUUAUCCACAGCUGCACAAUUUUUUCAUGGAACAAUUCGACCUUUAUUUAAAGGACAAUGGAAAAGGACCUUUAAAAUUAUAAAAAAUAUAAGUAUCCAUAGACAAACCUCUGAGGUCAGAAAGCAGUAGGUGACUGUCCGGGAUUAGACACCUAGGGGUCAUUACAGACCAGUCUUGUGCCUUUAUGCACUGAAGAAAACCCCCCAAUAAACCAAGACCAACAAUAAAAAAACCCCAAGAAAUGCUACUUUUUCUCUGGAAAAGGCACUAGGUAUGCUAGAGGACAUGCAAAUUCCAAAGUUUUCGGAAGAUUACUCAACACAAUGCUGUGAAUGUUUAUAGAAGAAUACUGAAGAACUUGUUCCACAUGCAAUUCAUAUUCAGAAGCUGAUAAUAAUACUGCUAUAUAUUUCUUGUGACACAGUUCCCAGCAACUGCUUGUGUUUUAUUUAGCAUUAAGAAGGCCUAGAAAUAAUAGCUCUUUAGCCUAUGUGGCCUCUUGUGAUGUAAUUAACAUUAUUUUCACUUCAGAGCACAUUUCCUAAUUCUAAUUUUCUAAUUUUUGUCUGUCAUCAAUUUCUCACUCUGUUUCACCUAGUUUUAAAAUAAGGUCCUUCUAAGUUCCCUUGCAAAAGGUAUUACUUGGAAUACUACAAUUUCUCCUGAGAGUUUUACUCUACUAAUAAAUGGCAGAAUUCACAAGUAAAGGAAUUGCUUGUUUUUUCUCCCUUAAGCCCCACAGAAAUAAUAAAAAGUAUUCAGCCAAUUCAUAGAGUUACCAAGAAAGAAAUCUAAACAAUAUAAAACCAGAAGCAGCUGCAAUGAAAUACUGUGCACUUGGCUGAAGACAAGUUUUGAAGGAAACAAAAGGAGAUCAUAGCUAGCAGGAACUAAGAACAGCUUUCCUUGGUAGAGAUGUGCAGCUGUUGCCAAUAUACUUGAGUGACAUACAGGUGUGGAGAUGUUUUCUAAGUUAACAGGUGCAUCUUGUUGCCUAA